CUUAUAGUCGGUACCCUCAGUCUAUGCAGCUUCUGUUUGUGGCCAAUGGAUGCGCAUGGUUGUUUUUUCCUACUCCAGCUCGAAAUCCAGAACCACCUCAGCUUCACUGUAUAAGUUUUUCCACAUCCGUGUGAGGUCUGUUCGGAGCGCGGACGGUUGUCGCCUCUUGUGAGCUGCCCGGUGGCUCCUCCAAAAAAAGAAAACCAACUCCCAGCUGGACAGAGAUGAGCAGUCCCGAUGCGGGUUACGCCAGCGACGAUCAGACCCAGGCAAGGUGUACGAUGUCAGUCAUGAUGCCUGGAAUGGGACACUGCCAGUGGGCCGACCCUCUCAGUCCUCUCUCGGACACCAAGGUGAAGAGCGAGCCGUGCGCGUCCGGCUCCGGCGCACAGAACCGCGGCAAGAGUGAACCGCGGAUCCGACGACCCAUGAACGCGUUUAUGGUGUGGGCGAAGGAUGAGCGCAAGAGACUGGCGCAGCAAAACCCCGACCUGCACAACGCAGAGCUGAGCAAAAUGUUGGGGAAAUCAUGGAAGGCGCUUCCUGUCACCGAGAAGCAGCCCUUCGUGGAGGAGGCCGAGCGGCUGCGGGUUCAGCACAUGCAGGAUCACCCCAACUACAAGUACAGGCCACGGCGGCGGAAGCAGGUGAAGAGGAUUAAGAGGCUGGACUCUGGUUUUCUGGUCCACGGCGUGUCCGAUCACCAGGCCGCGUCCAUAUCAGGUGACGGCAGAGUCUGCGUGGAGAGUCUGGGCCUGGGCUACCACGAGCACGGCUUCCAGCUCCCGCCGCAGUCGCUCAGUCACUACCGGGAUGCCCAGGCCCUCGGGGGCCCCUCUUAUGAGAACUACAGCCUCCCCACGCCUGACACGUCUCCUCUGGACGCCGUGGAGUCAGACUCCAUGUUCUUCCCUCCACAUUCACAAGAAGACUGCCACAUGAUACCUUCAUACGCGUACCACUCCCAGGCAGCAGAGUACCAGCCCCAGGACACUCACUCUAACUCCAUCCUGCACCGACACAUCGCCUCGGCCCAAGAGCAGCCGCUUCAACCCCCGAGUCAUCCUCCUUCCUACAUGGGCUGCCCCAACCCUCUGGCCAUGUAUUACACACAGCACUGCAGCCCCGGCCAUGCUAGCAAACGUCACCCCGGAGGAGCAGGUCAGCUCUCUCCACCUCCAGACUCUCACCCUCACUCUGGCGAGAGCGUGGAGCACAUGCAGCACUCCGAGCUGCUGGCAGAGGUGGACCGCAGCGAGUUUGAGCAGUAUCUGAGUUCCUCCUCGGCACGUGCGGACAUGACAGGCCUGCCUUAUGGGCCGCACGAGGCUGGCAUGCAAGGACCUGAGAGCCUCAUAUCAUCGGUGCUGUCAGACGCCAGCACAGCUGUGUAUUACUGUAGCUACAACAACUCCUAACCUCCCGUCACCCCCCCGCUGCAGGGACACAUGAUCUGACCUCAGAUCUCUGCAGCUAAAUUUGAACAAAAAACGUUUAUUUUUUUAACUUGUCUUUGACAGAGAAGCCCCCGAGAGAUUAUGAGAUAGUUUUGUAGGAGAAGAUGACGUUGUACUGUAAACUGUGUAAGAACAGCUAACAAAGCCGUAGAAUCUUUUAACACUGGUUUUAAUUUCCACCCUUGAAAAGAAUAUGAAUUGUUUUUGUGAUGAUAAAUAUUGUACAGUCACUAUUUUAAGGUUUGUGUACAUACUGAAGGUGUUUUUAUACUUUUUGCACUUCUGAGAAAUAAAUUGUUUUUUGCAAAAAGA